GUCAUUUCCCCUCGCCCGUGACUGGCCGGCAAAGAUGGCCGCAUCGAGAAGCUAGCGUCAUUCAAGAUGAGCAAUCCCUUCGCGGGACGACUCUUUCUACGCGCCGUGAAGCGAUUUCCGCCAUCGCCAACUGGUCGACGCAGGACUACCUAAUGUCACCGCAACAGGAACAUCAUGGGCUUCCAGUUCUUAACUUGGGCAGUGCAUCUACACCUGUUCACACACCUUCUCACUGUUGCCCUUAUUUUAGAAGACCAAGAGCUCAAGUUUGUCGAGGAGCCAAGCUCGGUGUUCGUCGACGCGGAGAACCAUGAGCUGGCUUCUUUCCGCUGCUCAGUGUCACCCAAAGUGGCCGGCAUCAUAUGGCUGGAGAAUGGCACCGUGUUGGCCGAGGGUUCACCCAAUGUCGUCAAAAUGUCCAAGCACCGCUUGCAAGUGCUGGUUGGUGGCAGACCAGCCAACGCAUCCGGACACCACACACGCCACUCGUACCAGUGUGCUGCCCAAAUGGGGGAGCUCCUUAUCAUGAGCACUCCUGCUACUGCCAUUGUUGCUACUCUGACACCUUUUGCCCCUCAAGAGGAUGUUCAUGUUUCUGUCACUGCUGGCAACACCGCCGUAGUUCCUUGCAGGCUGCCUUACAGCAACCCUCCUGCAGUUUCAGAAUUUCGUUUUAAUAAGACGUCUGUAAAUAGAACUGUUGACCGACACCACAUAAUGCCUUCUGGAGACCUGCAGAUACAAUCUAGCACAAUAUGGGACUCUGGCGUCUAUUUUUGUACAGCCCAUAAUCCAUUGAUCAAAAAGCGGCUGACUGCAUUGCACAAGAUCUACCUCACAGUGCAUGAGCCAGCAGCUGAAGAAGUGCCUUCCUUCACAUCCGUGCCACCUGAAGUCGUAAACGUGGUGACUGGAAGCAAUGUCACGAUAGAAUGCGCCGCUAAUGGGAACCCUGCCCCAGUCAUCACCUGGAGCAAGGAAGGGGGCCACUUGCCCAGAUCACGGCACAGGAUUGUGCUUGGCAAUCUGGAAAUAUUUAGUGUUCAUUCAAGAGACAACGGCAUAUAUAGCUGCCAGGCUUCCAAUCGACUUGGAAUCAUCUUCGCACGUAAAACAAAGUUGGUAGUUCAAGAGCCUCCUCACAUCGUCACACCACUGCAAAACCACAUUGUACAGCACGGAGGAGAGCUGCGGCUACAGUGCACAGUACAGGGUAACCCAGUGCCUACAGUCCAUUGGCUUCAUAAUGGCAAAAGGGUGCAUCAUACAUCCCACAUCACAAUAUCAGAAAUGGGGAUCCAUAUUAGAAAGAUGACAAAGCACCAGGGAGGCAUGUACCAGUGCUUCGCAAACAACUUUUUGGGCACUGUCUACUCAACAGCGCACGUCACCGUUCUCGCCGUGAAUGAGUCUCACAUUCCUGACAAAAACGGCGAGGAUGAGAAUGAGCCAGACAGCAUCAAUGGUGCCACAGAAAAUGCUGGAAAGAGAAAGGACAGUCACAAAAGAAAAAAGAAUAAAGGAGUGAAGCUGGUGCUGCCUUCCCGGCCCGAGAUAUCUCGCCUCUCCGAUGACUCAGUUAUGGUUCGUUGGAAUGUGCCGCACAACGAUGGUCUGCCCAUCUCGUUCUUCAAGGUCCAAUAUCGAGAUGUGUCAACUCCACACUCGCACUGGAAGACAGUUGAAGAGGACGUGCCCCCGCACAUCCACUCCCACGCUAUUGUGGGACUCAAAGCAGGAGGAAGGUACAGGUUUCGCAUUGUGGCCGUUUACUCCAACAAUGAUAACAAAAAUGGGCCAAACUCUAUCAAGUUUCUGCUGCACAAAGAUCCUCCUAAGAGGAAACCCAUGCAGGGACCCAUUAUUCGCCGUGUCAAAGCUGAAAGCUCAACGGCAAUCACUCUGUUUUGGGAGUACUCAGACAUGGAUGCCGUGGACGUGGAAGGCUUUUACAUCUACUACAGGCUGACACAGAGUGCUGGUGACUACCUAAAGAUCACCGUGGCUGGUUCCAACACGCGCUCAUACACCGUCAGUUACUUGCUGCCUGACACUUCCUAUGACAUCAAGAUGCAGUGCUUCAACGUGGCUGGUGCCAGCGAAUUUUCCAACAUAUGCACCCAUAAAACGCUUGCGCUGCCCUCUAUGGGAGAAAAAAAGGUGACUCCUGUGCCGGACCUGCUGGAGUCCUCCGGGUCAGGGGACAAAGACCUGCUGUAUAUUGUCCUUGGUGCAAUCGCUGGUGUGCUGGUGCUUGUUGUAGCAGUGUUUGUCGUCCUGUUCAUCCUGCGACACAGGCACAAGCGGCAAGCAUGCGAACAGGGUGCAAGUGAUCAUAACAGCAAUUUGCAACAGAAUGGUCAUAUAGGAAACGGGGAUUAUUUCACUGCACAAAGUAGGAUCACCAUCAAUCCCCUGGAUACAAUGGAGCUUUCAGAGCUGUCCAGGGAGAAGUAUGCAGCUGCCAUAGUGACACAGAUCUCAAACGGUCACAGGAUCAGUCCAAUGGAUUUGAGUGCCGAAGACAUCAUAGUGAAAGCAGAGGACGUUUAGGAGAAUCUCAUCUGUAAUUUAUAACACAAAAAGUUGGAAUGGAAGCAUUGCUAUGCAAUUCUUGAUGGACAUACUGCAUUGUACAAUGAAUUUUAUAUAUAUGUUUUUUAUUAAAUAUUCAUAUCAUUUGUC